GGAUGAGAGCUCUAACAAUGUUGUUUCGAGGGGGAGUGUAGGCUAUGCUAUCCUGUGAAAGAAAAGUCACUUCCGAAUGGGCGAAAUAAUAAAGAUAGGCUAGACUAGACUAGGCAACAUCUAAAUGUAGGCUAUUGUAUUUAGAAAGAUACAUUUUAUGACAAGCAAUUUCUAUUGUGUAUCGGAGCGCAAGAAGUGGUAGGGAUGGACUGAUGGAGUGUGUAAGAGAGAGAGAGAGAGUGAGAGAGAGAGAGAAAGAAAGAGAAAGAGAGGGACUGGGCUUAGAGCUGGAGUGCGCGCGGGAUAGCACACCGGCUGGAUCGGGGAGUCGCGAGGAUGGAGAUCCGACCAGACAGGUUUAAGGCGGUUGCAGCCAAGAAUCUGGGAAAGAUACACAGAAUCCUAGAAAAGCGUCAGCCCAAUGGCGAGACCAUCGAGCUUUCGGCCGAGGGCCGCCCAGAGCUUGUGGAGGAGAAGGAGAUGCCCGUGGUGGACUGCACCUGCUUCGGCCUUCCCCGUCGCUACAUCAUCGCCAUCCUCUCAGGCCUGGGCUUCUGCAUCUCCUUCGGCAUCCGCUGCAACCUGGGCGUGGCCAUCGUCAGCAUGGUCAACGACCACACCGUCUGGAAGGGCAACAAGGAGGUCCUGGUGGCAGCACAGUUCAGCUGGGAUCCAGAGACCGUGGGGAUGAUCCACGGGUCCUUCUUCUGGGGAUACAUCGUCACACAGAUUCCCGGAGGUUUUAUAUGUCAAAAAUAUAAAGCUAACAAAGUGUUUGGCUUCGCCAUAGUGGCCACAUCCACUCUCAACAUGCUGAUUCCAUCUGCUGCUCGUACACACUACAGCUGUGUCAUACUAGUCAGGAUAUGCCAAGGCCUCGUCGAGGGCGUAUCUUACCCAGCAUGCCAUGGGAUCUGGGCCAAAUGGGCCCCGCCUCUAGAGAGAAGUCGACUGGCCACAACAGCAUUCUGUGGUUCCUAUGCGGGAGCUGUGGUGGCCAUGCCUCUUGCUGGGGUGUUGGUUCAGUAUGUAGGGUGGCCUUCAGUCUUCUACGUCUAUGGCAGUUUUGGGAUAGCAUGGUAUCUGUUCUGGAUCCUGGUGUCGUAUGAAAGCCCGGCAGCCCACCCCACUAUCACCCCUGAGGAGAGGAAGUACAUCGAGGAAGCCAUCGGAGAGUCAACAGGUUUUGCCAAUCCUCUACAGAAAUUCAAAACCCCGUGGAGAGCAUUCUUCACGUCCAUGCCGGUGUACGCCAUUAUCGUAGCCAACUUCUGCAGGAGCUGGACUUUCUACCUGCUUCUCAUCAGCCAGCCGGCCUACUUCGAGGAAGUGUUUGGCUUUGAGAUCAGCAAGGUGGGGAUGGUGUCGGCCUUGCCACAUCUGGUGAUGACCAUCAUUGUGCCCAUCGGGGGACAACUGGCCGACUACCUUAGAACACACAAAAUCAUGACCACCACCAACGUCAGGAAGCUCAUGAACUGUGGAGGGUUUGGAAUGGAGGCCACUUUCUUGCUGGUGGUGGGAUACUCUCACACCAAGGUCAUGGCCAUCUCCUUUUUAGUCAUCGCUGUGGGCUUCAGUGGAUUUGCCAUCUCAGGUUUCAACGUGAAUCACUUGGAUAUUGCCCCCCGCUAUGCCAGCAUUUUGAUGGGCAUUUCCAACGGAGUGGGCACCUUGUCGGGUAUGGUGUGCCCUCUUAUAGUGGGCGCCAUGACCAAACACAAGACACGUGAAGAUUGGCAGGGUGUCUUCCUCAUCGCUUCAGUUGUUCACUAUGGUGGAGUGAUUUUCUAUGGAAUCUUUGCGUCAGGGGAGAAGCAGCCGUGGGCGGACCAGGAGGACACUAGCGAUGAGAAGUGUGGCAUCAUCGACGAGGACGAACUGGCCAAUGAGACGGAAGAGAUGUACCGCACAGGCGGAGGGGGGCAGUACGGAGCCAUGAGCCAGCCAACAGCGGGCCCCAACGGAGGAGGGGGGGCUGGGGGCGGGGCAGGGUGGGUCCAGGACUGGGAGAAGACAGAGGAAUAUGUUCAACCUCCGGGAUACAACCAGUAUCUCUACAGAGGGGAGGGAGAGAGGGAGCUCACAUAAUGCCCUAUUCAGACUUGAGAUAAGUUCUCUAAACGUGGACCUAAGUCUAAAAAGGUUGACUUAAGUCCAUGUUAAGUAUACUGUACCUUUCUCAAGUCUGAAGAGAGGGGAGAUGGGGAAAAGAGAGAGAGAGGUGAAAUAAGAAAGGAAAAUUACAUGUAGUGAGGGAAGAUAGAGGGUUAGCAAAUUGUCAUAGGUGUGUUUUUGUAUAUACGUACAUUUACACAUGUGGGACAUUAUAUGAAUUUUAUGCAUUUGUAUAAGUGUGUGUGUGUAUGUGUGUGUGUGUGUGUGUGUGUGGGAGGGGGGGGUGAUCAUGUGUGUAUGUUGUGGUCCAGAACCUGAACUAAUCUCCCAGAAUUCCCUCCUGCUCCUGAACCCUUUGUGACAAAUCAGGAGUGAUGUUUUGACAGGAAGUAAAUGUUUUCUUGGAGAUGAUGUUGCUCAGCAUUCCAGUGUGUGUGUGUGUGUGUGUGUGUGUGUGUGUGUGUGUGUGUGUGUGUGUGUGUGUGUGUGUGUGUGUGUGUGUGUGUGUGUGUGUGUGUGUGUGUGUGUGUGUGUGUGUGUGUGUGUGAACAUUUUGCCUGUUGAACCUGAAACUCACUCAACAGUUGAGUUUAAUUUACAUGUAAUUUACUUUCAAACAAAUAAGUCUCCAUGAGCUGUCUGUCGGCUUUGUGGGUGUGUCUGGAAAUCAAAUGUAAGUGUCUCGUUUUUGAAAAGCUUGUAGUUUAUAAGCAUGGGUGGUAUGGAUGCGACUCAACCCAAGGCUUAUUUUCUAUUGCUACUGGCCUAUGUUGCACCCAGCGGUCCAAUGUUUUCGAGCAUCAGCAAAGUAGGCAUUAUAUCCAUGAGAAAAGGCCAUUGGUUACUCCACUGAAUCCUGUCAGAGAGCAGUUAAAUGGUGCUCCAGAAUUCUGUCAUUAUUGUCAUAUUACCCUCUCAGUAUUUUAGGCAUUUUGCCAAAAUCACUGAAUGCACUUAUAUGUAGAAGUCAAUAUUUACUGUAUGUAGGCUACUGUUCCUUUCUAUAUAUACGUUUCUAUGUAUUAGGCAGUGCUCUCCCGAAGUGUGUGUGUGUGUGUGUGUGUGUGUGUGUGUGUGUGUGUGUGUGUGUGUGUGUGUGUGUGUGUGUGUGUGUGUGUGUGUGUGUGUGUGUGUGUGUGUGUGUGUGUGUGUGUGUGUGUGUGUGUGUGUGUGGACGUGUUUAACUAUACUAACUAGUAAACAAACUCAAAUUUGACCAACUGGGGACAUUUUGUUGGUCCCCAUAAGAUCAAAUGCUGUUUCUAGGGGGUUUAGUGUUACGGUUAGAGUUAGUGUUAGGGUUAAAAUUAGGGUUAGGGUUAGGAGCUAGGGUAAGGGUACAGGUUAGGGUUAGGUAUAGGGGUUAGGGAAAAUAGGAUUUUGAAUGGGACUGAAUUGUGUGUCCCCACAAGGUUAGCUGCGCAAAGACUGUGUCUGUGUGUGUGUGUGUGUGUGUGUGUGUGUGUGUGUGUGUGUGUGUGUGUGUGUGUGUGUGUGUGUGUGUGUGUGUGUGUGUGUGUGUGUGUGUGUGCGUGUGCGUGCGCGCGUGCGUCCGUGUCGGGUGCAGGUGCUGGAACAUUGUGCGGUGAGCAUGCUGUAAUGAUGGUUCCAUGGGUGCAAUGAGUGCACCACACAACGUGUCCAUGUGUGACAAGAGAAGUAACGAUGACUUAGGAUGUUAAUGUGUGACAAGAGAAGUAACGAUGAUUUAGGAUGUUAAUGUGUGAACACACGUUGCUUUAUUAUUUAUUUGAUGAAACUUGUCUGCCUGUUAGUGAAUGACUGACUGUUAGUGAAUGACUGACUGUUAGUGAAUGACUGACUGUCGGUGAAUUAUGUGUUAACCUUUUGUGCAGUGAUGGAAAACAUGUGCGGUUGCCAUUGCACCAUAGCGUGCAAUGUGUGUCUAAUACUGGUCUUUAACAAUAUGAACUGUAUCUUCAGGUGUGGGUGUUCUGUCAUAUUAUACAGUGUACGUUUGCGAGGCUAAGGGGGGCUGUAUGCUCUACGUGUCCUGAACAGAACAUCUGAGCAACCAAUCCUGGACUUCUUACUAUAGUUGUUGUUGUGUUUCUGUUGCUAUCUUUUCUCUUUUGGUUUCUUACUUUCCUGUUUCCAUGUUCUCCUCUGUCUUGUGGAAACGUAUGAUUACCUGUUGGGGAAACAACAUGUAAAAACACAUACAGAUAUAUACAUACAAAAACACAGAAAAAAUAUGACAUGUAUGAAAUAUGUAUAUGUGUAAAAUAAAAGGUGUAUAUAAAA